UCGAGGGUGAAGGUACGAGUCGAGAACCAAAACUAUUUCUUACGGUGCGCAGCGCCAGUUUGCCUACGUUGAACCUACCGGAAGUGGACAGUGCGUAUUUGAUUGUGACCGACCUGAUGAUCAGUCCCGAGGGACAACCGUUACCGUUUCUCAGUGGUGAACUGGAUCAAUCGUAUUUCAAGAGGUUGCAGAAAGAAAGACCCGGUGUGCAGUUCUUGGCCUCGUUCGGCGGGACGUCCGUUCCAGCUGAGCUUUUCUCCCAUCUAUCUGAAGACGAAAGCAGACUGUUGAAGUUUGUACAGCAAUUGGUGCGCUUCACGAAACAAACUGGAUUCAAUGGGUUGGACAUUGCUUGGAUGUACCCAAUUCAGGCGGAUAAUGGAAGCUACUCGCUUCUUCUGAGGCAGUUACGAGCUGCAUGUGAUCGGGAGAACUUGAUAUUGACCGUGACCGUUCCGAGCAAUCCUGCGGCUAUUGGGAAGAGCUACCCAGUGAAGGAAAUUGAGAAUUCAGCGCAUUACGUGAUAUUGAGUACGAAUGAGUUUCGAAAGUUGAAGAAAACUUCUCUUAUUGCACCGUUGUACUCCAUCAAUGCGGGAUCAUCGAAUAGUGUGGAUUUUCACGUCAACGCUUGGAAGUUGGCGGGUAUAACCCGCGAAAAGAUCGUAAUAAUCAUACAACCCACAUCGCUGACCUACAAACUGUUUCAACCGAAAGAGUAUCAGUUGGGCACGCCGGUUGUCAGGUUGAAGGUGAGACCAUUUUUCAAAAUCUGCCACAAGCUGUACAGUGGAUCGUUGGAGAUAUACGAAGAAAGAGCUCGCUGUCCGUACGCCUUCCGGGAAUUGAGUUGGUAUUCGUACGAAAAUAGACAAUCGAUCAAGGAGAAGGUGGAGUAUGUUGUGAAUCAUCAGCUAGGAGGGAUUUCUGUGGCUUUCUAUGAUGACGAUGAUCCUACGAAUCUGUGUGGUGAUGGCCGACACCCCUUAACAGGGAUAGUGUUGAGUUCCCUAAACGGUACGGAGGCAAAGGAGUAUAAGUCUUCUGGUGGUGCUAGACGAAGUAGAGAUAAUGGCGAUGAAGAUUCUUACGAAGAUUUCGUCAAUAUACAUGUGGUAGACCCAGGGGAUUCUUAUGUACGAGAAGCUGCUGUUCCUUUGCAAGAUAAAAAUCAAUUCUCACCUGUCGAGAAUGAAGGUGAUCAUAGUCGCAAAUCUGCGGUUGUACUUCGACAAAUUCCCUCUGCGACGGAUUCACUGUGCUCCAAAUGUAAGCCAAAAUUUCCGAAUCCAACAACCACCACUGCUGCACCGCUCUGUAAAACCAAGAAAUUGCGAAAAGACUGCGAUCGUUCGUAUGAUAUACCAUACCAAUGUCCAGAAUCAGGAGAAGACGACGAUCACUGGCACCAUGUGGCAUCGGAUGGCAGUUGUACUAAGUGCGUAGAAAAAACAACCGAAACUUCGAUGGUUCUCGUCGAUUCUGAUAAAGCGUUUGCUGAGCUGACUAAAAAGUCUGGACAAAACAAGGAUAGUUUAUUGUUUUCCGAGCAAAGUGUCUCCUGUUCCGGAGUAGGCACGAACCCAUUAUUUACAGAGCCGAAAACUAGAUACGUGGUGAAGCCACCCCCUCCUGCAGCGCAGUAUGAUCCCGCGAAGUCUCGGUUGGGUAUCAUAGCGACCUGUAAGAACGGUAAUCCUCCGCCCAAGUCAAACUGCAUGAGAUGCAACACCAAUUCGGAAGGCCUAAAAUGUUGCCCAUGUGCUCAUCCAAGCCAGCCGCCUUGUUGGCCGAACAUUAUGACAACAGGAGCGGUUCAAUCUACGACGCCAUGCCCCCAGGCUGCGCUCAUGGAAUUGUUGUCCAAAGUACAGAGUUUAGCACGAGUGAACCGGAAUGUUGAGACAAAGGCCGUUGACAGUCCGGUGUUGUUUACGACUUGUCCGUAUGAUGGAAUAAUCGCCGAUCCACGUGAUCCUCGGCAGUACUAUCUUUGCCGUCAGGGACUACCAUUGAACGACGAAAAUAGAUUUAGCUGCGCUGAUGGAUAUGUUUAUGAUUCAGCUAAUCAGAAAUGCGUUCCCGAACAGAACUGAUUGCACACCUACCUCGAUAAUGAUGCUAUUGAAUUUCAUUCUAUAUUUCGCAAUUAGGGAUGUCUAAUAUUCUAUCGAUUUCCGAAAUACUGUGCUUAAUAACUAUAACGUAGCUUAACUGAUUCAAACUUUCUCAAUAUUAGGAAAAAGUUGCAUAUUUUUGAAAAUCGACAUAUUUUAAACUUUCGGCAUCCCUAUUUAUAUGGUUUUAUUUAAUUACUAUCUACUUGUUUGCAAUAAUGUUUAUUAAAAUACCUCUACCCUCUUCUUUCGCCAUCUCCAAAGCUGAGCUAUGGGAUAACGAUCGCCAGUGAUUGACCGUCAUCGCAUUAUUUGUUUUGUUUCGUUCGUGCUGCAGCCGAAUUGAUAGUCCGUAGGAUAUGUAGCUAUAGUCGAGCUAACUCAUACAGGGGCCCUUGGAUAUGAGUAAUAAUUUGUGCACAAUAAAACUAGGAUGGAAUUGCUACUAAACCGUCACUAUCGUGAUGCUUCGGUAGUCGUGUUAAUAAUUAUAUUCAUAGAUUUUCAAUUUGUUCUAGUUGUUGUGAUCGUAAAUAAACGCUAAGAUAUUUAACGAA